AUGAAAGCAGUGGUGAGAAUAGUGAGGAAGCUGCCGGACGAGUCGUUAACAUACACGAAUUGCGUAUACGUGAACAGAGAGCUGUACGAAAAUCUGAAGGCGGAAUCGUUAAUGGCGUACGCAACAAUAGAAGGAAUGGUAUUUUGCGCAAGGUACCAUCCAACGGCGACGGCAAAAGAUGUGUUUAUGAACAGCUGCGCAAGAGAAUUGAUAAAAGUGGCGGUGGGAGAGACUGUGACGGUGUCUGCGGAGUCGACCGGCCAGGGAGUUUACGGCCACCAAGGCGUAGCCUCGCUGUACCCGGCGGCAGAUAGAAUAGUGCUCCAAGUCUCACAUUUCAGGCCUCAAAACAAGGGUAGGCGCAGCCAAAUGAAAAAUAACAACGUGUUUUUAGACCUUCCAUUCAUAGAGUUCGAGAAGCUGGAGCAAGUGGUGAAGAGUAAUUUCCUGGAGCACGUGUUGCACGAAACGCAAACAAUACCGAUUCUCCUGGAAAAAACGCAGCUAAAACUGAAAGUAAGUAAGCUGUUCUCAAACGUGAAGGACCCUCACUCGCUGAACCUGCUGAUGAAGGCAAGGCUGGUGAAGGAGACGAAGCUGGAGUUCGGGUACAAAACGCUGGAGGGAGCGGAGCUGCAGAUAUCGGACACGCAGAGCAUUUUUAAGCCGAACUUCAAGUUCGAGGAGCUGGGAAUAGGAGGCCUGGACGACGAGUUCGCGGACAUUUUCAGAAGAGCGUUCGCGUCGAGAAUAUACCCGCCCGAGAUACUGAAGGAGCUGGGAAUAUCGCACGUAAAAGGGUUGCUUUUAUACGGGCCUCCGGGAACGGGAAAAACGCUGAUAGCGAGGCAGAUUUCAAAAGCACUAAAUUGUUCAAAACUAAAGACCGUUAACGGCCCUGAGGUGAUGAGUAGAUUCUUCGGGCAGUCGGAAGAGAACAUAAGGAACCUGUUUCUCGACGCAGAAAACGAGUACGCAAGGUUGGGAGAUAGGUCGGGACUGCACAUAAUCAUAUUCGACGAAAUCGACUCGAUAUGCCAGAGAAGAGGGACGGACAUGUCAGGAACAGUAAGUGUCCGAGAUGCGGAGUUUAAAAAGCUGCUGUCGAAAAUAGAUGGAGUGGACUCACUAAACAACAUACUGCUUAUUGGAAUGACGAACAGGCUCGACAUGAUAGACGAGGCGCUGCUGAGACCAGGAAGGUUCGAAGUGCACAUAGAAGUGGGCCUGCCGGACGAGGACGGAAGGCAGCAAAUACUCAAAAUACACACGAGAGUUAUGAGGGAGUCGAACAGGCUCUCGGAAGACGUGGACCUGGACUACGUGGUGAAGCAGACGAAGAAUUACUCAGGAGCAGAGUUGGAGGGCCUGGUGAAGUGCGCAGUGAGUUACGCAAUACAGAGGCACGUGGACGGAAGUGACCUGAGUAAACCGAAGAACAUAGACCAAAUAAUAGUUAAACAAAGCGACUUUAACUCGGCGCUGGUGGAGGUGAAGCCUGCGUACGGAGUGGACUCAAUGAACCUGAACAUGUUCUCGAAGCACGGAAUCAUACCCUUCGGAAACAAGUUCCACCAGGUGCUGGAAACGUGCACGACGCUGGCGAAGCAGGUGUCAAGGUCAGAGAAGACGCCAGUGCUGUCAGUUCUGCUGCACGGAGCAGUAGGAUGCGGAAAGUCGGCACUGGCAGCGCACGUAGCAAGCAUGGCAGACUUUCCGUUUGUGAAAGUUAUCUCGCCAGAGCUGUACAUAGGGCUUUCGGAAUUGGCGAAAGUUAACGCGAUCCACAAGGCAUUCGACGACGCACACAAAACGCCACAGUCACUGAUAAUACUCGACAACAUAGAAAGGCUUAUCGACUACUCGCCGAUAGGACCGAGGUUUAGCAACAACAUACUGCAGAGUCUGCUGGUGCUGAUAAAAAAGGCGCCUCAGCACGAAAGAAGAAUAUUCGUAAUAGGAACGACCUCGGAAGAGGCGUUCAUGGACAUGGCGAAUGUCACGGCGGCGUUCACAGUGUCGACGCAGGUGCCGCUGGUGACGGGGCCGAGUGAAAUAUAUCAAGCACUGAGUGGAGUGAAGCUGCAAAAUUUAAAGUUUAGCAAGGAGGAGAUAUACCUGGUGGCGAACUCGGGAAAAAUACCAGAAAUAGGGAUCAAGCACCUGUUAUUGGCAUUGGAAAUAGCGAUCCAGAAGACAAAAGACCUAGGUAAGCGGUUUAAAGAAAAAUGGUUGUCAGGGAGUACACACAUCUCCAGUACCACAUUCUUGGAAAGUCUGGAAGCCUGCGGAUAUUUUUAG